AUGCCGACCAUCUCGCAAGUCACAGCUCACAGCAACCUGAAUCCUGCGCCGACGGGUAGCCAUUCCAAGGUCUUUCUUUGGGGUAAGAGCAUGGCUGGUGCACCAUCCCUGAUCAGCUUCCCUGUCCGGCGAGGCGAGCGGCAGCUCGUGGCCCCCGCGAGGCCGACGCCCUACGGCUUCAAGAUGCUCUCUGACAUCGACGAUCAGGACGUCCUCCGUUUCUACCGGUCCGGCAUCUUCUUCUACCGCGGGAACGCCCCCAGGGCGGGCCUCGACCCCGUGAAGGUCAUUAGGUCGGCGCUCGCGGAGGCCCUCGUGCACUUCCACCCUCUCGCUGGCCGCUUACGCGAGCUGCAGCCCACGAGGAAGCUCGUGGUGGAGUGCACCGGCGAGGGGGUCGUCUUCGUCGAGGCCGACGCGGACGUCCGGAUGGAUGACCUUGGAGACUCCCUGGCGCCGCCCGUGCCGUGCUAUGACAAGUUGCUGUGCGAACCUGAGAGUCCAACAGCAGUUGUCGUCGACCGUCCUCUCAUCUAUUUUCAGGUGACGCGACUAAGGUGUGGAGGCUUCAUCUUCGGGUUCCAGAUAUGCCACUGCAUGGCCGACGGCACGGGGAUUGUGCAGUUCCUGACAGCACUAACCGAGUUUGCGCGCGGCGUUCCUGGCGCGCCGACCCUCUGCCGGAGGCCCUUCGGCUACGCGCUGCAGCUGCUGCUGGAAGCGAAGGCCCGGGCGUCGCAGGAGGGGUACGUGCAGUCGGUGGCCAGCUUCAACGCGGCGCGCAGGAGGCCGCCGUUCCCCAAGGCGCGGACGUACCUCAUCUCGGACGUUACGCAAGCGGGGUUGCUGGCGGUGGACUUCGGGUGGGGAAGGCCGCUGUACGGAGGGCCGGCGACCAUAAUGCUGGCCACGUUCCACCUGGAGGGGAGGAAUGAAGCUGGUGAUGCCGGCAUUCUGGUGCCGAUGAGGCUGCCAGCUCCAGCGAUGGAGGGGCUAAAGCAACAGGUGAGGAAGGAACUAACAGCUUAUGGGGCCAUAGAGAAUGAUGGGGACAAGAUAAACUCAAACUUGGUGCCCGGUCCUGUUCUGGCAAAACUGUAGUUUUUUUAGGAAAAGCUAUAUGUCACGCAGGUGAUUUGUGGCUUGCGCUCACUCGAAUUUUUGCCCG